UAUAACAAACAUUGUACUUUUAGCUACAUCUAGUUUAUUAUAUUCGAAAUCUGACCUGUGUUGUGUCUUGUCGCUUUGCCAGCACUGGUUAUAAGCUUGACCAAUCUGGCACUUUUCAACGCUGGCCCAUUUUGACAGUUUUUUAUUGCUGGAUCAUUUAGCGGGAAUCCAAGUUUUUGAUAAAGAAGUCAGGUGUCAAUUCUAUUCUGUGAUACGUCCCACGUGGGCUUAAGAGUGAGAAGUGUGUUACAAAGAAACUUUAAAGAUAAAUCGUCGAUCAAAAUGCGAAUGCAAACAAGAAGCAUGACGGCAAAAGCCAGCCAAGGAAAAUCCACGUUGUCAUCGUUGGAAAAGGCACCCAUAAACAAUAUAACGGUUGAGCUAAAACGACUAAGAAAUCGGAAUAUCGAAAUAUAUCUGCCCUCCAUACAACCGAAUGAUAUAUAUGAAGUCAAAAAGCCAAGGAUUAGUGCGAAAACCCGGAAGGGGAGCGCUCAACAGCCAACGAAGCUCGACGAUUCGGAGUCAACACGCAAUUCCAGGGGCAAUUCGACAAGCAGUAGCAGUGGCUAUGGCAGCCUUUCGGAUGAUCAGCAGCUACCAGAAUCUCAGGGGCGUCCGCAGCACGACACGCUCCCAUCAUCGGUGGGGAACGACAAUCAACAAUUGGGCAAAUCUCUGAGGCGUCGCCGCUAUACUCAGUACCAGGAAGUGGUGGCAUCAUCUACAAGGGACAAACCACUGCCGCGUCGCCAUACUCAGUACACGGAAAGGGCUCCAGUGAUGAUGGCCAGCCAGCAGCGGACACCCAUUGGCGAAUACACAGUGGAGUGCAUUGAAGCAGUGGAGGUCAUUCACUGCCAGCCCUUGUUUUGCGUCAAAUGGUUGGGCUAUACCGAAGACAACAAUACGUGGGAAACUUACGAUAAUCUGGCCAACUGUGCGGCUCUAGAUAAAUUUGUGGCAACCAAAUAUAAAUUUUUAAAAAAAUAUAUAGUCCCCAUAUCGAAGGAACUGGAGGCACGGUUGAAAAAUGUACCCAAGAAUGAGAAUUUCACCAUGAUGCAGAUUGAGGGCUAUGAUCCAUUAAAACUUAGGCUGGAUCUUAUCAUACUGGCCCAAUUUCGGGCAUCCGGUAGUUCGAGCUUCGUGAGACGUUUUCGUAUUACCGAAAGAGCUCUACUUUGGAUGCAAUUGAGGGACAUGAAUCUGCAGAGACGCCGUCAAUUGAAGGCAUUGGCACAGUUUGAGAAGAUUAUUAGUAAUGCGGAUAGGGCAUCGCCUGGCAUUAAAGUGGAGAACAAUGUGGAUCUUGAACGAAUCGAUGCAAAUUUCGUUUACAGCAGCAAGAAUAUUUGGGGCUCGAGGGUGCCCGAGCCGAGAAUGCGCCUGCUGGCAUGCAAAUGUUCGAAUAUCAGACAUGGAAACACAUGUUGCCCAUCGAGUCGCUGUUGUGCUCGUUUGGCCAAUGAACUGUUUGCCUAUAACAAGGUAACGAAACGUUUGCGCCUCACACCUGGCAGUGCCAUCUUUGAGUGCAACAGUUUGUGCUCCUGCGACUCGACGUGCCCCAAUCGUGUCGUCCAGCAUGGACGGCAGCUGGAGUUGGUUCUCUUCAAGACCAGUAAUGGCUGCGGCUGGGGUGUGCGCACUGACCAUGCCUUGGCAAAGGGGGAAUUCAUUUGCGAGUACAUUGGUGAGAUUAUAACCAGCAAAGAGGCCGAUAAGCGGGCCAAGUUAUAUGAGAAUUGUGGUCGCCGUCGUAUUUACCUGUUUGCUCUCGACUACAAUGUGGCCCAGGAUGACGAGUAUACCAUCGAUGCCACCAACUUUGGCAAUAUCUCCCGUUAUCUCAAUCAUUCAUGUGAUCCCAAUAUAGCUGUAUUUCCAUGCUGGAUUGAGCAUUCACAUUUUGCCCUGCCCCGUUUAGUUUUCUUUACCCUGCGCUCCAUAAAAGCUGGCGAGGAAUUGUGUUUUGAUUACAUGCGAGGGACUAAAGUGCAGGAUAUACCCCAGUCCAAGCGUAUUGCGUGUCGUUGUGGUGCCAAAGAUUGUCGAAAAGUUGUAUUUUGAAUAUCGACAUUGAUCUCAACGUAUUUUCCGUUCCAUCUGGCAACGCCUAAAGAAAUUUCAAACAAAUGAACAAGCCGUUACAA